AUGACGGUGGGCAUCAAGCCGAGUUUGAUUCCUAAGAAGAAUCGCCGCAUGAUCUAUGAAUACCUCUUCAAGGAGGGCGUGCUGGUGGUUCAGAAGAACCCUAAGCUAGAGCGUCACCCAGAGAUUCCUGUUCCUAAUCUUCAUGUUAUGAUGGUGAUGAAAACAUUGAAAUCAAAAGAUUUCUGUGAGGAGAUGUUCAACUGGCAGCAUAACUACUACACCCUCAAAAACGAAGGAAUGGAAUUCCUAAGAGAUUACCUCAGAUUACCACCCACUGUAUUCCCAGCUACUCUCACCAAAAAAACUACAGUACGCGCACAACGACCAGGCGCAGAAGGAGAGGGUGCAGGCGAAACAGAGAACUGGAGAGGCGGAAUGGGUAGACCCAGAGGACGCCCAAUGGGCGAUCGCUCGGGGGAGGGCCGAAUGGGGGGCGAUAGAGCAGACAGGCCGCCUCGCUACGCUUAA